CGCACGUGAGUAGGUUUUCUGAUCUAUAUUGCAUGGGAUGGGAUAGGAAGUUCCGGAUACAUAAGUAGCCUGAUUCACAAUGCCGUCUCCGUCAGAGAAUUCUCUUCCACCCUCAUUUGAUACCCUCUAUGCUUUUUGCCCCUCGUCCACGCAGCCAUCGGGGUACGAUUCUUUGCGCCUGACUGAGCAAGAAUGUCUGGGUACUCUGAGAUCACCGGUGGCGCAGAGGAUAUUUGGACAUGAGGGUCUCGGCGAUGCAUCACUGCUUGCCGAUGUGAGAAAUGGAAGCGUCUCUUUUACAGACUUUGUUGGGAGGAAUGUGCAUGCGCUUCUUUCCGGAGAGGCUGAGAGUGCGGAUAUCGUGCGCUCGAGGUUGGUGCAUGUCGGAUAUGCCUCGCUGCUGGCGUUUUUGCAGUCUAAUGUUACCGGCCCGCCGUUGUCGUUUCGUCCUGGCGAUGUUGUGCUUCCGUCGGGAUUGACGAGUGGUGAGCAGGGUGCCGAGGUGCGGAGCGUGCUGCGCAGACUUCGGGAUGUCAUGAUUCGAGGAUUAUCUGUGGAUGGUGAGGCGGCGUAUAAACUCACACCAAACGUGGAGCUAUUCUGUGUUGCAAAGGCUAUUUUUACGAGUGAGAAGCUGUUUGAGGUGCGAGAAAGUGGGCAGGAAGUGCCGGUGACGGCGUUGACAGCUAGGAUGAGGGUAAAUUUUCUGCAUCAGAAGAUGCUAUCUGAGAAUACGGAUACUUUGCAGAUUGUCAUCUACGAGGAUUUAGAUGCUAUCGCUAAGCGUAUUUUUGGCGAAUCUUCAGUUACUACCGCAGAGCAGAAAAUGAGGUACCUUUUGGAACGAGCUGCAAUACAUACGCAUCAUGGCCUUGACUCGCAAGCAAGAGCGGAUUUGGAGCAUGCAGCGCGAGAAAAUGGCUUUGAAUUUGCGCUGACGGGGAGGUUGGGGAAGAGGACAAAAUUUCAGGACCGGGAUAUAAGUCAAUUGGUGGUGUUAGCGAAGAGCAGGUCUCUGGAUACCGGUGCAACGUCCAGGGAAGUAAAACCUGGAAGUAGUGUGGCGCCCUCAGGGCCGAAGAAUCUGGAUUUGAAUGAUGAUACCCUUUUAGAAGCCAUCUCGUUUAAACGAGAUGAUGGAGAUCAGAAGUCUGGGGAGAAUGCUACGACGGUCCAGGAAGAAUCUGCAUUACCGCAGUCCCUGGCGGAACUGGAUCCAUCUGAACAACCGAAAUUGGACCCCCUUGAUUCUAUCGUCCUCCUUGCUCUUGCUUCAGCUAUCACAAAUACCAACCCAGAAGAUGGUUUGACCAGAGAAGAAACUCUGCCGUACGCUACUCGUGUACUUGACGGUGGAAGUUCCAACUGGCAAGUCUACUCUCAGGCCUUGCUCGUUAGAAGCAGGAUUGAAGGUUAUAGAUCCCGUACUGUGGAACGUGGAGUUCUCCAGUUACAAGCUCUCGUCGAUCAAGUCAUCGCCGAUACCGCAAGUGAUUCUAUUACCACAGAGGAAGAGCAGGCCCAUACCUUCCUUCCAAGGCCAGACGCUUCCGAAUCAGCUCCUGCAAGUGAACGCUUAGAGUAUAUCUGGGUUCUUAGUUUCGUGACGAGAUGGGAUCUGGAAGCGGAACUAGCAGCCAGGUGGGUCAACCUGGGAGGUUUAAGAACCGCUCUGGACAUCUAUGAACGAUUACAAAUGUGGGCGGAAGCAGCACUAUGCUAUGCAGCCACCGAUAGAGAGGAUAAGGCGAAGCUUAUUGUUAGGAGACAGCUCUUUGAGCCGUCAACUCCCGGUGGCGAGAAUGACGAAGAUGAGAGGUUUGAAGGGCCGGAACGCUCUCCAUUACCAGUGGAUGCGCCGAGAUUAUUCUGCAUCUUGGGUGAUGUCAAUAAAGACUAUACCAUGUUCGAACGGGCAUGGGCGGUGUCAAAGCAGAGAUAUGCCCGUGCCCAACGGGCGUUGGCGCGAUAUUACCUUGGCCAGAAACCACCAAAAUAUGAAAAAGCAGAAGAAGCAUACAAGCUCAGCUUGAAGAUCAGUCGAUUGAACCACGCGGCAUGGUUCUCUCUCGGCUGCAUUCAACUUGAAUUAGAGAAGUGGCGGGAUGCGGUGGCGUCGUUCACAAGGACGGUCCAACUUGAAGAAUCGGAUGCUGAGGCAUGGAGCAACCUUGCUGCCGCACUGAUGAAUAUUCCGCCUCCAGGACCCGCAAAACCAGCCCCAAAGGCGGCGGAUGAGGAGGGAGAGCCAGAAACGGAGUCCAUUAUAGAUGAAUACAAACCAAAACGAGACGCCCUCGCAGCCCUCCAUCGCGCUGCUCGCUUUAAAGGCACUGACUACCGUAUCUGGGAAAAUAUCCUCACCGUUGGUGCUUCAAUCCCACCACCACAGACACCCUUCCGGGACGUAAUUUACGCACAGAAACGAAUCAUCGAACUCCGUGGCUCUAAAGCUGGCGAAAAGUGUAUUGAUGUCCCCAUCCUCACAGCCCUUAUCAAUACGCUCACAGCAGACUAUAAUUUUGACGACCCAGACUCCGCCAUUGCGUCGUCGUCGUCGGGGAAUAAGAAAAAGCCUCGUCCCGGAACCUUCCCUGCUCUCAUUUACUCUCUCAUCGAUGACUCCGUGGUCCCUUUAAUCACUCACUCCUCUGAGCUAUGGCUCCUGGUCGCGAAAUUGGAAAAAUGGCGCGGAAGACCGUCUCGCGCACUCGCGGCACAUGAGAAAGCAUGGCGUGCGAUGGUAGCAUCAUGUACGAGUGCGGCGUUUCAGAUGGGCGAUGAGAAGAAGUGGAUGGACAUGGUGCGCUCAACGGAGACUCUAGUUAAGCAAGGAUAUGCGGCGCUGGGUGGGAUGGAUAAAGAAGCUGAGGAUGGUGGAGAAGAGACCGGUGAGAUGGUGGCGAAGGAUUGGAGAUUCAAGGCUAGAAGUGCGGUCAGAGGCAUCUUGGGCAAGGGGAAGGAGAUUUGGGAGGGCUCAGAGGGGUGGUUGAGGUUGAAAGGAUUGGCAGAGGAGGUAGGUGGCUCUUGAUGGGAUACUUGUUCGGGGUAGGGACUCCAAGUAAGUUUUGGUCUUGUAUAGUAUCUCAGUUGGAAAUAGACAAAAGUUGGGAACAGGUAUUAUGCA